GGGAACUGCUGCUCUUUAAGCUGGUGGCUAUUUUGGAACAAGUUUUACCAGUUGCCUUUUGGUGGUGCAAUUCUGUUACGGUUAUUUCCUCAGAAUAGUUGACUGAGCACUGGGAAACAUUCAGGAAGUGGGGAGUUAAAAAUGCAAACUCAGUAUGUAUAUUUGUAUGGGAGUGGAUAACUUUCUUGUAUAUAUAAUAGGCAGAGGUAGGUAGCAGAAAGAAGCAGCCAGCUGUCUCGGAUCACGCUGCAGAAAUCUGCCAGGUCAGUGGCUGGAUGCACGGCAUAUCAAAGAAGGAUUCAUUUCAUUUUAGAUAAUUCCUGAAACCAAAAUCUCCAGCUGAGAUGGGGAAGAUGCUGCUCUGGGCCGGUGUGGCCAUUCUUCUGCAGUUGCAGCUGGGCUCAGCGUACAAACGUGUGUGCUACUUUACUAACUGGUCUCAGUACCGGCCAGAAGCAGCCAAGUUCACUCCAGAAAAUGUGGACCCUUUCCUGUGUACCCAUUUGAUCUAUGCUUUUGCUGGGUUGGAGAACAAUAAGAUCACCAAGGUCGAAUGGAAUGAUGAAACCCUCUACCAACAGCUUAAUGACCUGAAGCAGAAAAAUGGGAACCUUGUCACACUCUUGGCUGUUGGAGGUGGAAACUUUGCUAUCCAGAAAUUCACUGAGAUGGUUUCCACACAAGCCAAUCGUAAAACUUUUACUGACUCGGUGAUCGUGUACCUCCGUAAGUUUGGGUUUGAUGGGAUCGAUCUGGAUUUUGAAUUCCCGGGCUCUGGAGGCAGCCCCCCCGAGGACAAACACCGCUUCACCAUCUUGGUUCAUGAAAUGCUGGAAGCCUUUAAAGCUGAGGCUGCAAGCACUGGACGCCCCAGACUUUUAAUUACUGCAGCGGUAUCUGCUGGCAUAAGAACUGUUGAUGCUGGAUAUGAAAUUGCUGAGAUAGGAAAGGUUCUGGAUUUCAUCAGCGUGAUGACGUACGACUUCCACGGAGGUUGGGAGCGCUUCACGGGGCACAACAGCCCACUCUAUGCAGGCUCCGCUGACCAGGGGGACUUCAAGUACUUCAACUGUAAAUUCGCCAUGGAGUACUGGCAUAGUAACGGCGUCCCCGCUGAGAAGCUCGUGAUGGGAUUCCCCACCUACGGGCGGACCUUUCGACUUACUGGCAGUGACACAUCUGUCGGUGCCCCAGCAUCUGGGGCUGGGUCUUCAGGCCCUUACACCCGGGAAGCUGGUUUCUGGGCUUAUUAUGAGAUCUGCACAUUCCUAACGACAGCUGAGGUGCGAUGGAUUGAUGACCAGAAAGUCCCCUAUGCCGUGAAGGGGAAUGAAUGGGUGGGAUAUGACAACAAGUGCAGCUUUAAACACAAGGUGAAAUACUUGAAGGAGAAAAAUUUCGGCGGUGCCAUGGUAUGGGCCAUUGAUCUGGAUGAUUUCCGGGGCACUUUCUGCAAUGAAGGAAAGUAUCCGCUAAUAAGUGAACUGAAGAGACUCCUUGAAAUGAACGGUAAGCUGGUGCUGAUUAUUAUUGCAGGCUGAGAUAAUUAGAAAGGUCAGUGCAGAUUGCACCUCUAAAAUCUGGGACUCUCUGAUCCGGCACGACCAGGGAUGUUCCAGGAUCAGAGUGUGCUGGUGUGCUGGGGGGAUUGAGGGUCCAGG